AUUUUGUUUCAACCCAACUAUGGCAUGCUAAAAAGGGAGCACCAUACCUGUCCGAUUAUGGGUAAUUCAAGCAAAAGGGAAUCAUGGGAAAUGGAGUGAUGUUGUAAAGCGCACAGAGACCCAUUGUGUACAAUGAAUACAACCGCAUCACCUGCAGAGCUGCUGGACGUUGUGCGGCAGAAUUCCUACAAUGGCACCUUGGGGUCUCAGUCGCCCCCACGCUGGGCCCUCGUCCACACCGCCACCCUGGCCUCCUGCUCGCUCCUCCUCAUCCUCAUCUUCUGCCUGGGCUCCUACGGCAACCUCGUGGUGUUCCUCUCUUUCUUUGACCCGGCGUUCCGCAAGUUCCGCACCAAUUUCGACUUCAUGAUCCUCAACCUGUCCUUCUGCGACCUGUUCAUCUGCUGCGUGACCACACCCAUGUUUACAAUGGUGCUGUUCCUGGACGCCGGGGGCACGGGUGGGGUCGGGGGCGGGGGCAUGGGCGUGUCCAAGGCCUUCUGCUUCACCUUCCACCUGACCAGUUCGGGGUUCAUACUCAUGUCCCUGAAGACGGUGGCGGUCAUCGCCCUGCACCGGCUCCGCAUGGUCCUGGGACGGCAGCCCGACCGCACCGCCUCCUUCCCCUGCACCCUGGCUCUGACCGCACUCCUCUGGACCACCAGCUUCACUCUGGCCGCCCUCUUCACCCUGCGCACCUACCCCUGGAGGUCCCGGCCCUGCCUGCCCCACGCCGGCCUGGUGGCGGUGGAGGGCAAGGCCGUGCUCUACCUGUACCUGGCGGACUUUGCCCUGUGCGUCGCCGUGGUGUCCGUCUCCUACGUGAUGAUCGCUCAGGCGCUCAGGAAGAACGCCCAGGUGAGGAGGUGCCCGGUCAUCACCGUGGACGCCACCCGCCCGCCGCCCCUCAUCACCGCCGGCUUCGAGGGCGUGCAGCGCGCCGUCCCCGUCCCCGCCCUCUACCGCAACCAGACCUAUAACAAGCUCCAGCACGUGCAGACGCACGCCUACACCAAGAGGGGGAGCCAGGCCGGGGGCGGGGCCGGCGGGAGUGGCCAGGGGGGCGGAGCCGCCUGCUGUCAGAUCAUCUCCUCUGUCAACCUGUCCACAGCCAAGGACUCCAAGGCGGUGGUGACGUGCGUGGUGAUCGUGUUCUCGGUACUGCUCUGCUGCCUGCCCAUGGCCGUCUCUCUAGCCCAGGACGUCCUGUCUCCGGACAGCGGGUUCCUCCUCUACCAGUUCGAGCUGUGCGGCUUCACCCUCAUCUUCCUCAAAUCGGGCAUCAACCCGUUCGUGUACUCGCGGAACAGCGCGGGGCUGCGGCGUCGCAUGCUCUGGUGCCUGCAGUGCGCCACGCUGGGGUCGCCCUGCUGCAAGCGCAAGACCCGCCUGCGCGUGGUGGGCAAGGGCAGCCUGGAGGUCAACCGCAACAAGUCCUCCCACCACGAGACCAACUCGGCCUGCGUGCUCUCCCCCCGCCCCCAGCGGAGGCUGGUGGACCAGGCGUGUGGGCCCAGCCACUCCCGCGACAGCGUCCUCAGCCCCCCGCCCACUGCCAACCGCCGGCCCCGCCCCCCGAGCAGCUCCACGCCCAUCAACACCCGCAUCGAGCCCUACUACAGCAUUUACAACAGCAGUCCCUCCGAGGGGCCCAGCUCGCCCAACAGCCUGCUGCCCACCAACUCCACCUUCGGCUUCGCCAAGUCCUACGUGGCAAUGCACUACCACACCCACCAAGAGGCUCUGGAGGACUUUGAGAGUGUCGCCACCCACCAAAUCCCCAUGCCCUCCGUCUGACUGCCCUGCCAGGGCGGGCAUGCAGUGGGCCCAUGGGAAGGGUGCUGUUGGAUUGGGAUGGGAUUUUUGUGGAUUGGUACAAGCCAGUGUUUCCUUUUUGUUAAGCUAACCUUUAGGCACAGAAAGAUUAGAAAGAGGAAGAGGUUUUUUUAAGUAGGUGAAAGUAUUCUAUGAAGAGAUUUUUUAUUUUAUUUUAUUUUUUGCUUGUUGUGUUAAAAAAGGAAAGCUAUACAUGGAAGGAGAUUUCCUGAGAGCUGGAUCAAUUUCACAAAAAAAAAAGAAAAUAUGUCUCAAAGCGUCAUUCAACACAUUACAUUACAGAAGGCCAGAAUUAUAUUUUUACAUUGAUAUAACAUUUUUCAUAUUGUAAUUUUGCAAUUCUGUCUUUUUCAUCCUCAAGAUAUUGUACUUGUGAAAGUCACACAUUUUCUAUUAACAUAUUAAAUGUAUUGUAAAUGCA